AUGGGCUCCUUUUCAAAAGCGAAAGCCGGUCAACGGAUUCAUCGAGAACGAACGCAGCCCGAGAAACGAAAGAAAUUCGGACUACUCGAGAAGAAAAAGGAUUACAAAAAGAGAGCGCUUCACUACCAAGAAAAUGAGAAAGAGUUAAAGAAACUCCGAAAAUCGGCGAUCGAUCGUAAUCCUGAUGAGUUCCAUCAUCACAUGGUCAGCUCAAAGCUGAAGGAUGGCCAACACUUUGAAAAAACGAUCGAAGACGAGGAUACGUUGCUGCAAAAACAAUUGAGUGAUGUGAAGGAUCUGGAAUACGUGAAGAAUGCCCUUUACACAGAAAAGAAACGAAUCUCCACAAUGAAGUCUGAGCUACAUUUGAUGGAUGUUGCUGGGCCUUCGCAAGCGAAACACACGAUUUUUCUUGAUGAUAACGAGGAAGUUCGCCGUUUUGAUCCGGUCAAAUAUUUUGACACUGAUGUGGCACUUCUUGGACGUAAAGCAAAUCGGUUACGAAACAAAGAUUUAUCCGAUAAGCGAAUUCUUGGAGCAACAACUAAACAAGGAGUAAAAGAAGCCGAACAAGAGGCCCAAAUUCGAUACAAUGAGUUAAGCAAAAGGAUCAAUCGAGCUAAAGAAUUGGAAGUUGUUGUUGCGAAACUGGAGUUGAAGAAACAUUUAGCGAAAGAAAAGGGAAACGAAUUGAGGCCGAAAAAGAUCAAGAAAGGAAAAGCGAAUCGAGCGGCCAUUUAUGAAUUUCCGCUUAGUCAGCUCCACAUGGGUGAUUACGAUUAUCUAAUCAAAUUCUUGGCUCUCGGCGAUUCUGGAGUCGGGAAAACCUCGUUUUUGCAUCGCUACACGGAUAACACGUUCACUGGUCAAUUCAUCUCGACGGUUGGCAUCGAUUUUAAAGAGAAGAAAGUGGUCUACAAAUCGGCUCGUGGUGGUUUCGGUGGUCGAGGACAACGCGUUCUUUUGCAAUUAUGGGAUACAGCUGGACAAGAGAGAUUCCGUUCCCUCACAACAGCUUUCUUCCGCGAUGCAAUGGGUUUCAUCUUGAUCUUUGACAUCACAAAUGAGCAAUCGUUUCUGAAUAUUCGAGACUGGUUAUCACAAUUGAAGGUGCACGCUUAUUGUGAAACGCCUGAUAUCAUCAUUUGUGGGAAUAAGGCUGAUCUCGAGAAUCGACGGCAAGUAAGCACGGCGAGAGCGAAACAAUUGGCUGAUCAAUUAGGAUUACCCUAUUUUGAGACUUCCGCAUGCACAUCGACAAACGUGGAAAGAGCAGUGGAUUGUCUACUCGAUUUGGUCAUGCAACGUAUACAACAAAGUGUUGAAACGAGUGGUUUACCCCUUGCCGAGUGUCGGGGUGUCUCUCUGGAUGCGGAUGCUCCGCCAACGGCCGGUUACUGUGCUAAUUGU